UGUGACAGAGAAACAGAUCAUGCUACUCCUCUCUGCUCUGCUCUGGCCUUUGACCAUUUAUCUUCUCCUGGAAAACUCUCCUCUUCAUCAUCAUCACCAUCAGUAGGAAGGACAAGGACAAGGAGAAGGACAAGGAGAAGGACAAGGAGAAGGAGGAGAAGGAAAAGUUGCUUCAAAAUCCAGGGUCUUUUGAAGCUGGUUGACCUGUCAGAGAAAGACAGCGAGGACAGUGAAGGAGGAUGAAGUCCAAAAGAAAAGCUGUGAAAGCAUCCAGCAGAACCUGGUCUGACCCAGAGCCAGAACUGGAGCCAGACACAGAACCAGAACCCGGCUCCAGUGAGCAGGAAGGCUCGGAGGCGUCGGUGCGGAUCGGCGGCUCCUGGAGAGGCUCUCUGAGGAGCGGGGACAGGGGACGUCAGGGAGGCGGGGCCGGAGGACGCUGGCGGAGACAACACGGCUCCAGCACCAAAGAGCGCAGCGUCCGGCGCCUGGAGAGCAACGAGCGGGAACGCCAGCGCAUGCACAAACUCAACAACGCCUUCCAGGCGCUGCGCGAGGCCAUCCCGCACGUCAAGACGGACAAGAAGCUGUCCAAGAUCGAGACGCUCACCCUGGCUAAGAACUACAUCAAGGCUCUGACCACCAUCGUCCUGGACCUGUCGGGGGCGUGUCUGCCCGCGGGCGGGGACGCGGCGGAGGCCAGCGCCGCCAAACUGCUCCAGUGUUAUCAGCAACACCUGGAGGAGGAGGGGGAGGACGGUCUCACCCAGUACCUCACCCACAUGCACAGCUUCAGCCAACACAGCUAACACUAGCUGCACGGCAGGGUCAAAGGUCAGGAGGGCAAACAAGGGCCUGGUCUCCAACAUAGGACAAAGACUUUUAGACCUGGUUUUAACAUCCAUCCUGAGUGGACAGUUCAGGUGUGGACACUCUCAAUCUGUCCUAAGAGUGUCCUCAGAUCUGAUCCCAUGUGGACAGUUCAGGUGUGGACACUCCCAAUCUGUCCUCAGAUCUGCUCACAAAAACCACGUUCGGAAGUUGCUUUCGGGACAAACGAGACCACAUUCCUGAGCCGUGUGUCCAGAAAAUGUUCCUCAGACCUCGAAAUGAUGCUGUUCUCAAAUGUCUCGUUUUGUCCACAAACAGAAUGAUUCAGUUUGAGU